CAGUCAGGAGAAUUUCCAUGUUCUUUCCGUGCGUACGUGGUUUUCCUCACACAUUCCAAAAACAUACAUGUAAGGUUAAUUUGCGACCAGUCCUGAGCGUUACUAUUGUCGUACUCCACUUGGCUGGCAUUAGCGACCUCCGGCCGCUAGGGGGCGCUCCUCGUGCAGUAUCAGUGUUAAAUCAAGCCAAGAUGACAACGCUGAGACCCUUCACGUGCGACGACUUGUUUAAAUUCAACAACAUCAACUUGGACCCUUUGACAGAAACUUAUGGGAUCCCGUUCUACUUGCAGUACCUGGCCCACUGGCCUGAGUACUUUAUUGUUGCUGAGGCUCCUGGAGGUGAACUGAUGGGAUACAUCAUGGGGAAGGCGGAGGGAUCCGUGGCUCGGGAAGAGUGGCAUGGUCACGUCACCGCCCUGUCCGUGGCUCCCGAGUUCCGAAGGCUGGGAUUGGCUGCCAAACUCAUGGAAAUGCUGGAGGAAAUCUCUGAGAGGAAGGGCGGCUUCUUCGUGGAUCUGUUUGUGCGCGUGUCCAACCAGGUGGCGGUCAACAUGUACAAGCGUCUGGGUUACAGCGUCUACAGGACUGUCAUCGAGUACUACUCGGCCAGCAACGGAGAGCCAGACGAGGACGCUUACGGUGAGAUGCUUGUUGUGUUUGUCCUCGUGAUGUUGGUGGACGUAGACACGUGUCAUCUCCGUGUCUGCAGACAUGAGGAAAGCUUUGUCCAGAGACACGGAGAAGAAGUCCAUCAUUCCACUGCCGCAUCCCGUGAGGCCCGAAGACAUCGAAUAACAAUCCUUGUGGCUCUCUGACCCUCGCGUCACACAAGGACUGUCCACAGCUCCUCACGCUGGUGGACAUCAGGGAGCCACAGAGUAAACCAACAUGUCCUCAGAACUCUUCAAUUGCUGUACAUUCUAAAUAAAGUUUGUUUUAAAGAUGA